CGUUGCUCCUACACACAAGAACAGCUGGUGUCACCGUGUCGGUGUCUCAUUUUCAUGGAUGAAAUCCAAAUGGAUCUUCCACAAACUCAGCUCCCACCCUCCCUCUUGGGCUACCAGUUUCCUCUCUCUCUUCAAAACCGAAACCCACCGAAACCCAUUUUCAAAAACCUCAAUAUUUGUCCUCAACCAUGCAGACAUAAGCCUCCUCUUAUCUGUUUGUGGAAAAGAAUGUCUCCUUCAUUUGGGUUCUUCCAUUCAUGCCUCUAUCAUCAAAAACUUUGAAUUUUUUGAUUCCGAGAACCGGGUUAAUAUAAAAAAUGCUCUUUUUAUUUGGAAUUCUCUCCUUUCUAUGUACUCCAAAUGUGGUGAACUGUCAAAUGCAGUUAAGCUGUUUGAUCAUAUGUCUGUAAAAGAUACCAUUUCGUGGAAUACGAUUAUAUCUGGGAUUUUGAGGAAUGGGGAGUUUGAUACGGGUCUCGGGUUAUUUAAAAGAAUGCGUGAAUCGGGUUUUUAUCAGUUUGAUAAAGCUACUUUGACUACUAUUUUAUCAGCUUGUGAUGGACCUGAGUUUUGUUAUGUGAGUAAAAUGAUCCAUGGUUUGGUAAUUUUAAGUGGGUAUCUGCAGGAAAUUAACGUGGGGAAUGCUAUGAUAACAUCAUAUUUUAAAUGUGGGUGUUUUAGCUCAGGAAGGCAGGUUUUUAAUGAAAUGCUUGAAAGGAACGUUAUUACUUGGACGGCUGUGAUCUCAGGCCUCGCACAAAAUGAGUUCUAUGAGGAGAGUUUGAAACAUUUUGUUGAGAUGCGGUGUGGAUCGGUGGAUCCGAAUUCUUUGACAUAUUUGAGCUUGCUCAUGGCAUGUUCAGGUUUGCAGGCAUUAAAGGAAGGGCAUCAAAUUCAUGGGAUCCUUUUGAAAUUGGGAAUUCAAUCAGAUUUUUGCAUUGAGAGUGCACUAAUGGACAUGUAUUCUAAGUGUGGAAGUGUGGAAGAUGCAUGGAAAAUCUUUGAGUCUGCAGCACAGCUUGAUGAGGUUACCUUGACUGUUAUCCUUGUGGGUUUUGCACAAAAUGGAUUUGAGGAAGAAGCUAUACAAAUUUUUGAUAAAAUUGUUCAGGCAGGGAUUGAGGUUGACCCAGAGAUGGUUUCAGCUGUUCUUGGGGCAUUUGGAGUUGGUACUUCUAUUGCCCUUGGUACACAAAUUCACUCCUUCGUUAUCAAAAAAAGCUUCAGUAAUAAUACUUUUGUCAGCAAUGGGCUUAUAAACAUGUACUCCAAGUGCGGGGAUUUGAAGGAUUCAGUCAAAGUCUUCAGUCAGAUGCCUCUAAGGAACUCAGUCUCAUGGAACUCCUUAAUCGCAGCUUUUGCCCGUCAUGGGGAUGGCUCCAAGGCACUACAAAUGUAUGAAGAGAUGAGAUUGGAAGGCAUACAGCCAACGGAUGUUACAUUUCUGUCUUUGCUCCAUGCUUGCAGCCAUGUUGGCUUAGUUGAAAGGGGCAUGGAAUUGUUGGAAUCCAUGGCUAAAGAUCAUGGGUUGAGUCCAAGAUCAGAGCACUAUUCUUGUGUUGUUGACAUGUUGGGUCGGGCAGGACUUCUUAAUGAAGCUAAAAAAUUUAUUGAGGGAUUACCUGAGAAUCCUGGUAUAGAUGUUUGGCAGGCAUUGCUUGGGGCUUGUAGCAUUCAUGGUGAUUCAGAGAUGGGCAAAUAUGCUGCAGAUCAAUUGUUUUUGGCAGCACCUGAAAGCCCAGCACCAUACGUUCUAUUGGCGAAUAUAUAUUCCUCUGAAAGGAGAUGGAAAGACAGAGCCAGGACAAUUAAGAGAAUGAAGGAGAUGGGUGUGCCAAAAGAAACAGGCCUGAGUUGGAUCGAGAUUGAAAAGAAAGUCCACAGCUUUGUUGUCGGGGACAGAAUGCAUCCACAAGCUGAGAAUAUAUAUGGUGUUUUGGCAGAAUUGUUUAGACACUUGACAGAUGAAGGAUAUGUUCCGGAUAAGAGGUUCAUUCUCUAUUACUUGGAUCAAGAUGGGAAGGAACAGCCAUUGACCGCUGCAUACCAUAACGGUCACAGUUUUCCCUCCAAUUUUAAAAACCCAAAAUUACUUUGCCCUUCUCUUUCAACUUCUAAAUAUACAGCGAAUUGCAGAGAGAGAACCGGGGAGGAGUACGCUACUCUGUCCUGUAUUUCGGCUUACGCUGUCCUCGGCGUCGAACCGGACUGCUCAGCCGCCGAGCUCAAGGCCGCUUUCCGAGACAAAGUCAAGCAAUUCCACCCUGACGUGAAUAGAGAUGGGGCAGAUUCUGAUACAAUGAUUCGGCGUGUAAUUCAGGCAUAUGAGAUGUUGUCUAACCAGAGCCGAUCAGAGAUCAUUGAGAGUGAAUGUUUAGAUCCCUUCGAAAAACCAGAAUGUGAAGCAUUCGAUCUCUUUGUUAAUGAGGUUCUCUGUGUUGGCAAAGGCUGUCCAUAUUCAUGUGUAACAAGAGCUCCCCAUGCCUUCACAUAUGCCUCUACUGGAACUGCUAGGGUAUCUUCCCAAGGACAUGGUGAAGAUUACCAAGUUCAUCUUGCUGUGGGUCAGUGCCCAAGAAGCUGUAUCUAUUAUGUUACACCUUCGCAGAGAAUUAUUCUAGAGGAGCUACUAGACAGUAUCUUGAGCAUGCCUUAUGAUACAUCAGCCGAGGCAGAAUUGCUUUAUUCUCUUAUAGUUAAAGCCAAGUUUGAGAACAAUCGAUUCCAACGGCCAAAGAAGCAACCCAAAACUUCAACCAAACAUGUUGAUUGGUUUUGACAUUUGGAUGGAGAUAUUUGUAUGCUUAAUUCAAAUAUAGGGCCUUAGGCCUAGAGAUGGAAAAAAAAAAAAAAAAAAAAUGGGGAGAGAGAAGAGAGAGGGGCAAGAACACCAGUUAUGCUUUGGUUUGGUACAUCUUGCCGUAAUUGAAAAGAACAAAAGCUUGAGAUUGUCAUAUAAAUGUAUGUAUUAUGUAUUACAAUGUAGAAUUCAAGCUACAAAUUUUACAGAGAAAUGUAGGGUUGACAUA